AUGGCUUCGCGACCUACCCCUAAGCACUGGGAAAUCAUUUUAGAUUGGCUGGAGAGAAAUCCAGAAAUGGUUUCUGGCCGAGGUAUAGGCCCCACGGGCAAAUCCAAUUUGAAAGAAAAAUGGGAGAACUUAGCUAUAACAUUGAACAGCUUGGGUUAUACUAACAAAUCAGCUGAAAAAUGGAUGAAGACAUGGACUGAUUUCAAAUGCAAUUUGAAAAGAAAAGCUGCCGAUAUCAAAAAGGAACAAAACAAAACUGGAGGAGGUCCCUCAACAUCAAAGGCGUUAAAUGAAUUUGAAGAGAGAGCUUUGCAACUGCUAGGAUCCACAUUUAUAGGUCUGGCCAAAGAAACAAUUUUAUUAGAAAAUAUUGAAUUAUUAAAAGAAAAAAUAUCCAACUUGUCAACCAUAGAAUCCGGCAACAUUGGAAACAAAAGUUACGCAGCUUAUGUGAAGUCACCUUCAAGUCAGCCAACGAAUGGAUCAAAUAGUGGGGCCAACGCAACAGCAUUGAAGGAACCAAACUCCAACUGGUCGUGGGCGGCUCCCAUAAGCAGUGUUGCAAACAGAAAUACUCACAAUCCCCCCAGUUCGAGCCAUAUCCAAUUGACGAAUAAAUCAAAACAUCAUCAUUACCUCAACAUGAGGACAUCAAAUUAA